AUGCAAGGAGGAUCAGCUCCUGCUGUACGCGUGCUUGUGACCGGUGCGAGCGGUUAUCUAGGACAGUUCUUGUUGGACGCCAUUCAAGCUCACAAUGCUGGCAACCAGGAUCCGAGCAUCGUCUGUGCGGGGACCUUCGGCUCUCGAGCAGGAGGCAUCCCCGCCAACAUGACGGGAAUCCAAAUGGACAUGACGAGCGCUUCAUCUAUCCACAAAGGGGUGGAAGAUUUUCGCCCGGAUGUUGUCGUCAACCUUGCCGCCAUGUCCGCUCCUGCUGCUUGCGAGAAGCAGCAGGAGGAGGCAGAGGCUAUCAACGUCCCCACCGCCCUCCUGGAUGCGCUGCUGCAGGUGAAGAGCGACGCGCUGUUCGUUCAAGUGUCAACCGACCAGAUCUUCGAUGGGCAACAUCCGGUCUACGACGAGGAGAGCGACGCGCUCCCUGUUAACCAGUACGGGAAGACGAAGCUGCGCUUCGAGCAAGUCUUGCGCGAUCGAUGGCCCAACCACGUCAUCCUCCGAUCGUCUCUCAUCUAUGGGCCCAACCCCCCCCGGGAGUGCGUGAGGACCGGGUCCUUCCUGCAGUUCCUCGACGAGUCACUUGCCAAGGCCACAGCAGAGCAGCCGGUUUCGCUCUUCGGAGACGAGGUUCGAUGUCCUAUCUACGUCAAUGACGUCGUCGCCAUCCUCCUAGUAUUCAUUCUUCACGCAAAGGAGUGUAUGUCAGCACCCCUCACAAGGACGUUGAGCAUGGGAGGACCGGAGAGGCUCUCACGCGUCGCCAUGGGAGAGAUUGUCAGCAGCAUUCGCGGCUACUCUUCGGACAGGAUCAAGUCUGUCCGACGCGCAGAGUUGCAGCUGGGCUUCACGAGCCCCCUGGACAUCUCGAUGAGGAGUGACAAGUUGACGUCACUGCCAUGGGUGAAAGAGAUUCUUCCCCAAGGCACCACCUUCUUCCGCGAGGCAGCCAAGAAGGAACUUUUAGAGAGCCGCACGUGA